AUGAAAAUGACAUCAAUGUCGUCCUAUGAUUCUGCUGCGGUCCCUGGCACCAGCACAUCAUCCAGCAACACGCCCUUCUACACUGGCUCUCAAGAAUACCCUGUCUUCCCAAAUGCCGUGUAUCUCUCCAAGUUCUACCUGGUGUCCUCUCAGUAUUCUGGCCUCACAGACCUCGACAUUGACCUCUACAAUGAGUGUUACCUGCCCUUUAGAGCGCUAUCGCACCACAAUCAUGACAAGAGAGAUGAGGCGACAGCAACCCUCACUCCCAAGCCCACCUACUUGAUCAACGAUCCCCCGUGCAAGCGACAGGCCGCUAUCAAUUCCAAUUGCUAUUUUCAAAACACGAACGGAACAUUCCAAGGUCUCCUGCCGUAUUCGGGCGACUGGGACAUUCAGCAGCAAUGCUUUUGUGACAUUUAUCCAUUCUUCGACUCAUCCAUCGGUUGUCAGGAGUGUUUUCGGAAACACGGUGGGAUUGAGGGCUAUCACUGGUUCCCCGAGAGUUAUGUGAGCACCGUAUCCAGUUCUUACUGUGGCGCCAACCCCCAGACAACGGGAUUCUACCCAUUCGCACAGGAAUGGGCCAAGACUGACUCCGCGGCAAAAGUGCCGAGUACCACCGCUUCCGAUCUGCUAGGUACACAGACGGCUGCUAGUCUGUACUAUACGUCUGCCGAUGCCGGCACAUCUCACAGGGGGGAUAAAUAUGAACCGUUCAAGCUCAGCCCUAAUCCAAAGAUCUUGUUGGCCCAAAAGAACAAAAAACUCAUCAAGUAA